GUUCCCUCCCUCCCAGCCACUAGAGAGGGCUGGAAAGGAUCAGUUCCGAAUGUUCAAGGGCCAAAUGCUCCAUAAAACAUGGAGUAGGCAGACUAGCUGAGAAGGAGGCCAAUUUGUGCAAGUCCAAGAUCCUCGUAAGGCCACGAUGUCACUGCUGCUGUUCCUGCUGUCCUUGCUCAAUGGGUCUCAAGGUCAGAUGGAGAGCUACUUCCUACAGGUGCAGAGAAUUGCGAAGGCGCAGGAGGGUCUGUGUAUCUUCGUGCCCUGCUCCUUCUCCUCCCCUGAGGGAAGAUGGCUUAACCUUUCCCCAGUUUAUGGCUACUGGUUCAAAAGCAUCAGAAAAUCAUCACUUAUAUUUCCAGUGGCCACAAAUAACAAAGAUAAAGCAUUAGAAUGGGAAGCCCGAGGGCGAUUCCAGCUCUUGGGGGAUAUCUCUAAAAGGAAUUGUUCCUUGCUAAUCAAAGAUGUUCAGUGGGGAGACUCAACAAGCUAUUUCUUCCGGAUGGAGAAAGGAUUUGAGAAAUUCAGUUUCAAGGAGGAGUUCACGCUGCAAGUGGAAGCCCUGACUCAGAAGCCAGAUAUCUUCAUUCCUGAGAUCCUGGAGCCUGGGGAGCCAGUGACCGUUGUCUGCUUGUUUUCCUGGACCUUCAACCAAUGCCCAGCUCCUUCUUUCUCCUGGAUGGGGGAUGCUGUCUCCUUCCAAGAAAGCAGACCGCACACAUCCAAUUACUCAGUGCUGAGCUUUAUCCCAGGACUUCAGCACCAUGAUACUGAGCUCACAUGUCAGCUGGACUUCUCUAGAAGGAGCACACAAAGGACUGUCCGACUAAGUGUGGCCUAUGCCCCCAGAUCUCUUGCUAUCAGCAUUUUCCAUGACAAUGUAUCAGUCCCAGACUUGCAUGAGAAUCCUUCACAUCUGGAAGUUCAGCAAGGCCAGUCUCUUCGCCUCCUCUGUACUGCUGACAGCCAGCCCCCUGCUACACUGAGCUGGGUCCUAGAGGACCGAGUCCUUUCUUGGUCCAUCCCUGGGGGGUCUAGAACCCUGGCACUGGAGCUGCCCUGGGUGAAAGCUGGUGACUCUGGACACUACACUUGCCAAGCAGAGAAUAGGCUGGGUUCCCAGCAACAUACCCUGGACCUCUCUGUGCUGUAUCCCCCACAGGACCUGAGAGUGACUGUUUCCCAAUCAAACAGGACAGUGUUGGAAAUCCUCAGGAAUGCCAUCUCCCUCCCAGUCCUGGAGGGCCAAAGCCUGUGCCUAGUCUGUGUCACCUAUAGCAAUCCCCCAGCCAAUGUGAGUUGGGCUUGGGUGACACAGACCCUGAUCCCAAUCCAGUCUUCAGAGCCUGGGGUACUGGAGCUGCCUCUGGUCCAGAGAGAACAUGAAGGAGAAUUCACCUGUGCUGCACAGAACCCACUGGGUGCCCAGCGCAUCUCUCUGAGCCUCUCUGUGCACUACCCGCCCCAGAUGUCCAGCCCCUCCUGCUCCUGGGAGGCCAAGGGUCUGCACUGCAACUGCUCGUCCAGAGCCUGGCCUGCCCCCUCCCUGCGCUGGCGGCUGGGGGAGGGGCUGCUGGAGGGGAACAUCAGCAAUGCCUCCUUCACAGUCACUUCCAGCUCACUUGGACCCUGGGUCAACAGCUCCCUGAGCCUCCUUCAGGAGCUGGGACCCAGCCUCUGGCUCAGCUGUGAGUCCUGGAACACCCAUGGGGUCCAGACCACCUCUGUCCUGCUGCUACCUGAUAAAGACAGUGCCACAGCAUUCUCCAAGGGAGCAGUUUUGGGCUUUGGCAUCACAGCCCUCCUUGCCCUGUGCCUCAUCGUGUUCAUCGUGAAGACCCUCCAGAAGAAAGGAACCCAGGAGGAACCCUCCAGGCCCAAGCUCUCACGGGGCAGCACAAUCCUGGACUACAUCAAUGUGGUCCCCAAGACCAGGUCCCUGGCUCGAAAUUGGAAAGCUGAACCAGAUGCCCCUUCUAGGAGCUCACCCCUGGACACUCACUUCCCUAAACCAAAGAAGAAGCAGAAGGACCCACAUUUUACAUACCCUGGUUGCCCAGAUCCCAAAUCGUCCUCUCAGGCCCCAGUCUCUGAGAAUAACCCCGAAGAACUCCACUAUGCUGCUCUCAACUUCUCCCGCCUGAGACUGCAGGAGACCCAGGAUCCCCAAGACACCUAUUCGGAUUACACAGAGGUCAGAGUCCACUGAGGGUGUCCUGGGCCUUAGGACUGAGACCUAAAUGGUAAAGUAGUUUAGGGAUCCUCCAAAAGAAAGCAGAUGCUCACCUUAAAAAUAAUCCUGGGGGUAGGGGGUGUUAAAUAUGCUUGCCACCAAGCUUGAUGAACUCUUAAGAUUGAUCCCAAGGAUCUGCAUCGUGGAAGGGACCUCCCACAAACUGACCUUUGACUCCCCACAUGUGCACUGUGGCUCACGCCUAUGCACGCACACACAUGUAAGUUAAUAAAUAGAUGUACAAAACAA